AUGGCAGCUUUAAGAGCAGGAGUAGUAAUAUCAGCAGUUGUGGUAGUAAUGGUAGUAGUAGUGGUGGUAGUAGCAGUGGUGGUGGGUGGUAGUAGCAGUGGUGGUGGUGAUAAUAGUAGUGGUAGUAGCAGCGGUGGUGGUGAUAGUUAUAGUAGCAACAGUAUUGGUGAUGGUAGUAGUUGUGGUUGUAGUAGUAGCAGCGCCAGUGGUGGUGAUGGUAGUAGUAGUAGUAGCAGCAGUGGUGGUAGUUAUAGUAGCAACAGUAUUGGUGAUUGUAGUAGCGGUGGUUGUAGUAGUAGCAGCGGCAGUGGUGGUGUUGGUAGUAGUAGUAGCAGUGCACCCAAGUUCUCAUGCCCGAGUUCACAAGAGCGCGUCGCUGGGAACCUGUCCUGA